AUGGCCAAUGCGCCUCGGGGCACGGCGCUGCUGAUGCUGGCGGCGGGGCGGAACUCAGGCGGCGGGGGAGGAGGCGCGGGGGACGCGGACGGUACCGCGGACGCGGAUCCGGACGAAGUGGACGAUAGCCGGGUUUGGAGCGCGGGGGGCGGAGGGGGUGCGAGCGCGCGGAGCGCGGGGGAAGCAGGGGACGGGACGGAUGGGGGGACAGGGAUGGGAACAGAAGGUGCAGGUCCGAAGAUUGUGGAUGCUGGGUUGCUGCCACAAGCUGACGAUAGCUUCGUUGUCAUUGCCGCCGCGCUUGCAGUGCAGGCGGGCACGCUAGGAGCCGUGCUAUUCCAGGUGCCCAACCAGCCGUGCACCAUCCGCACCAACGGCACCACGGAGCCGUCCCUCUCAGAAGACUCGCUCGUUGCAGCCACGUGGCGUCAGUUCUUGCUGAACCCCUCGGACUCGGAUUGGCCGGCAACUCUGCCCAUGGCCAAGGCGGGAGUGCGGGCCAUGGACGCGGUUCAAGAGGCCGUCCCUGUCUUCUUCCCCUCCCUCGCUGUGAAUCGCUUUGCAGUGGCAGGCGUGAGCAAGAGGGGGCUGGCCUCGUGGGCUGUAGCAGCGGUGGAUAAGCGAGUGGUGGCGCUGCUCCCAGUGGGGGCGGGAGCAAUCAACUUCGUGGCCUCGCUGAAGCAUUACUACCAGUCGCUGGGCGGCUGGCCCAUCACCUUCAAGCCCUACGUGGCCAAUGGCGUUACCAAGAACAUGCUCAGACCCAACAUGCAGAAGCUCGUGGCCAUCACGGACCCGUACAGGUACCGGCAGCGCUACAGCAUGCCGAAGCUGCUGCUGUUUGGCGCCAACGACGAGUUCUUCAUGAUUGAUGACACCUACUACUUCUACUGGGAUAUGCCCAACCCCAAGUUUCUAAGGAUUAUGCCCAAUCAGGAGCACAUGCUUCUGCAGAACAACCCCGAGGUGAUUCUGUCCGGCAUCCCUUUCUACUCCUCCAUUGUCUUCUCCACCGCUCUGCCUCCCUCUCCACCCCCUCCCACACUCCCCUCCUCCGCCUCGUCAUCACCACCACCAACAACAACAUCACCACCAUCAGCAGCACCACCAUCAUCACCUGUAUCACAAACAGCAGAAACAACAGCAGUGGCAGCAGCAGCAGCCAGCAGCACCGGUCGCCCUCUCAGCGUCCGAUCGCGGGGCUCACAGCCCGACUGGCCGCAGCUCACGUGGUAUCUGGACAUGCCCGGCGCUGCAAUUGAGGGGACUAUGGACCGACGCCCCACCAAGAUCAGGGCGUGGUAUUCCCGCUCUGCUCGUCGCUAUGUGCGUCGGGACUUCCGGUGGAUCGUUGGAGGGGCCUCUGCGACCUGCUUCCUCAAGGUCACUCAGGUGCCACUGCUGGGUGACCUGUGCCCCCAAGCAGUGCUCUUCCAGCCGGUGCCUGUGCGCCCCUCCUACAGCGCCCUCGACCGCCUCUGGCACUUCCGCGCCCGCAUCACUAACUUCCCCAAGGUAGUUACCUCGUGUGUGCUUGCCUUUCAAUCGUUGUAUCGUUAA